AUGACGGGCUUACAAUUUUUCGGAAAAGUAAAAAAAACAGAAAUACAAGAAAUUGAGAAAAAACUGCUGCAUAUUCACAAGUGUGUUACUGCGAGCUUGAACAAUUCAAACCUUUUAAAUAAAGGAGAAAUAAUUUUCCAUUGGAAAAAAUGUCAUAUGUGUGUAACAGAUGUGAAAACGCAUGUAACAGGUUUAAAAACACAUGUAACAGAAUUUUUUGAGAAUUACAAGAAUUUUGAGAUUUGCAAUGAAAUCAAUUUAUCAAUCGGUGAGUACUUUAUGUACCUUAUUAUAUACUUGAAAAAUGUGAAAAUUAAGAUAAAUUCCUUUAGAAUUCUUAAUUUGUAUAUUUUUGCGAACAAUAAGUGGAAGGAUAAAUUAAUUUACCAUUUUUUGAAAAAUCUCUUUUUAAAAAAUGACCAUGAAGACAAUGAUUGCAUGAAUUGCAAAACGUUAAUAAUCGAAUAUUUCAUAAAUAAUUAUGGCACAUUUCGGGAGCAGCACAUUGGGCUAUUUUACACGAAUAUUUUGAGAUACAUCAACAACAAAUUGAAAAUAAAUUUUUUAAAAAAAAACCAAAAUUAUUUAAACAUUUUUGCCAAUUUUCUUAUCACUUACAAUGGGAAUGCAACACUCGACAUAAAAAGUCAUAUGCUUAAGGCUUUUUUACUUAUUGCGAAAAAUUUAAAAAAAAUUUUGUUGCAGUUCCCUUUUGACAAAGACAUAUGCACACAUGUGUGCUUGAUUUACCAGCAGCUGAAAAAUGUCAUAGAAGCUUACCGAGUGAACAUAUGUCUUCUUUUGUCCGAGAAGGCACAACUCUCCCCUAUCCCAGAAGUUGGAGUUGAGUCCAACCAGGUCAGUCAGCAUGGCGAUCCUCCCAGCUACUUGGACAGUGAUGAAGAAUUUGACAUAGCUGAGGAGGAAGAAGUGGGGGCGGGAAUCCACGGGGGCGUAAACCACACAAGCGUGCUGCUUCUGCGCAAGUACCUAUUCUGCAUAAAAAAGAUACAACAGGUGUUGCAACAGUGUGACAACGUUAUUAAGGAGAAGAAAAGAGAAAAUCCCUUUUUACUAUUGUGUAAAUAUAGAAGCAUAUUAAUUAUAAAAUAUAAAAAUGUAAGACGCGUGGACAUUAAUGACAACUUGGAAUAUUUUAUAUUAUUUUUUAAAAUAAAAAAUUUACUAUGUGAGGGAAGCAAGAACCCUUUUUUUAUCUUUCUGUGCAUAGACAGCUUAAGUUACUGGUUACAAAAAAAUGAAAAAUUGCAGUACAUUUUUGAACAUGCCAAGGGAGCAGUCAUACCAAAGCGUGAAGAAUCCGAUGUGUGUUUUCUUACCGAUGGGUUACCCAAUAAUUGUGCCGAUGAAUGGGUAGGGCAUAACGCAAUGAAGAGAGGUUGUCCUGAGGAAAAAGUUCCUUGGCAAAAUAAUGACUGCUCGAAUGGAGGCCUCACACCUUUGGCCUGUACCGAUUUGUUGCACUUGGCCGACCAGAGUGAUGAUAAAAUUGAAGUGGAUGCCACCCCCAUUAGUCAUGACAAAACGGUUGUUAAACUCAGCCAAAAUUACGGUUGUAGUGAUUGUAAAGGUGACCCCCCUUUGUGUGGUGCAGAUUUUCCGCGCAAUGGUGAAGUCAGGGAAGUUCCUGGGGAUGCCAAAAUGAUAAGCGGAGGGAACACUCCUGAAGGGGUAACCAAUGAGCAGGAGAACAUUUCACCCGUACAGAUGGACGAACUGGUUAAAAUGGACAACUGUGUCAACAUAAGUAGUUUAAGAAUCCACUUUGAAAAUGUGUCUCAGAAAAACAGAGUCGAUUUUAUGUCCCAUUUGUACAGCGCAAUUAUGAAAAUCUUACUAGUAAUUCUUAAAAAGUAUUCAUGGUAUAACAUAAAAAUUAUAUGGAAAAGUUGUAUUGGCAUAUACGAAUUCUUACUGAGUAGCAAGAAAAAUGCAUUUAUAAAAAAAGACGUAUGUGAUCAUUUAACGUAUAUAAUUUUUAAUCAGGAAAAAAAAAAGAAAUAUAUGUGUUUAUCAUUAUUGUUAAAAUAUUUUAAAGAAUCCAUGUGUGAAAAAAAUGUAUUAGAAUAUCUUUUUUACUGCUUCUUUCAAAAUGACGACUUUUUCAUGUUCACUUUGUACGAGCUUAUAAAGCAAUGCAUUAAACAUAUAUUUGUGCACUCGAAGGAUAAGAAUUUGUUAUACUACAUUUUUUUAAAGAACAUUUUAAUAACAGAUAACAUUUGCAUGAAGACGUUCUACAUAAAAAAAUUUAUCGAGUUGUUUUACAAGCAUGAUAGUAAUUAUGUGUACUUUGUUUUGAAUAAGGAGUAUUCUGAUUUGCAAAAUUAUUUUGAUAUGUCCCAGGAGGAGGAUCAAGAAGGAGGAAGCAUCCAAGCAGGUGGAACCAAACUGUGGCGAAACAGUGUAGAUAGUUUUAUUAGCAUGAGCAAUAUGAAGAGUGUGCACAGUGUGAAGAAUUCCGAGGAAAUGACAAACAGACGUUAUUUUUUAUUUUUAAUGAAGCAAUUGUUGGAGAGAAAAGAUGCAGAAGAAAUUGCGUACAACUGUAUUGUAGACCAAAUGGAGGAUAACAUUUUUUUGAAUUACAAAAUUGUGAAAGGCGAAACGAACGAAUUGCAGAAAAAUGCUCCUAAUGUGAAGGACAAGACGUUGGAAAAUAAAUUUUUGAUUUACAAUUUUCACUCUUUAGAAAAUAUCGCCCUCUUAGAGCUGUACACAUUAUGCACUUUGCGAAAGUACGAAUCCAUCGAAGUUGUAUAUUACAAAGGUGACUACUUCUAUCAGCUGAGGAAGAAUGUUUUGCUAAAUGUGAAAAUUUUAAACAGCUUUUUUUACUUUUCGAAUGACGAAAUUGUGUUGUCCAUUUUGUCCUUCAUUUGCGAAAACAAAUAUUUGAACCUCUGUGACUUGUAUCUAUUCCGCACGUUUUUAAUCACUUCCAUAACAAAUAUUUCGAGGACGAGUCGGGAUGCCUACAGGAAAUACAUUCUUUUGUUCUUCGAGAAAUUUUUUAUAUAUUACCAGAGGAUGAUCGCGAUGGACAAGCGAAGGGGCUACAACAUCGAGGGGGAUAUACACCAUGAUGCUACCCAUGUGGAUAAAUACUCAUUUGAAGUCCAAAAAGUUGUUUCCUUCCUAUAUGGAAAUGUGGACUCACUGCGAGAAAAACCGGUUUGCGACUCACCAAAGAACGUUUACUCGAGCUGCAUAUUUCAUUCUGCUGACGAAAAACACGUAGAGCACAGGAAGGGGAUCUUCCUGUACAAUUACUACCUCAUGAAUAUCAUUUUUGUUCUGUUUAAGAAUACUAAUAAAGACAUGGGUAUCGAGGCAACUGUGUACUGCUCGGACAUACUAAACACGGUAGUAGAUUAUUGCGCACAUUUCGAAAAUUUUAAUUUUAUUUUUUUCCUAUUCAAUGCCAAAACGACUUGGAAGGAGUUUUACCUAAUAUCGAAGGAGAUCUUUUUCAAAACUGUGAAUAUAAAUUUGCUAAAAAGAGAAAGCUUUGCCUGCUUAAAUAAUGCAUUCCUACCAUUGGUAAAAUCGCACAGGCAGGUGGACCAUUCGUUUUACGCGUUCUUACUAAGAUUGUGCUUCAUUUCGUUAAAUCACCGUAGGAAGGUGAACAAGAUGGAGGACGGAAUGCCCACCCACAUUCUCAAUACCACAAGCAGUGACAACUAUCAGAUAUACGAACAGAUAAAUAAUUUGCGCCAGAACACGAAUAGGGAUGGUGUUUCCCCAUGUGACUUUUUCAGUUGUCUCAUUAAAUACAACGACAUUGAACAUAUAAAGGAGGACAACAAAUAUUUAAUAAAUUACGUGAAGUACCUAUUUGGUGAUAGUGGCGAGAAUAGUGAGAAAUUUGUGAGCGGCGCGAUGAUAAACAUCCCAUUGUACAUAUUCGAAAGUUUUAUUAACAAACUUAAAGAAGAAAAUAUCGUAAAAUUAACCAAACACGAGGACGUAGAAAAUUGCGAAAUGUAUAAAUUGGCCUAUUACAUAAAUAAGUUUAUUUUGUACCUUAAGGACAACAUGGAUUUCAGCAAAGACAUAGAAGGGGCAGCGUUUAGGAAACACUUCUGCGAAAUUAGCUUGUGCAAUUCGAGCACAUAUUUGAAUUUAGAGCAAUAUAAGCUGUUGCAUUUACAGAGCCAGACUGUUGAAUCGUCCGAUGGCUACCAUUUAAUAUUGUUAAAAGUGUACAUCUGCAACGUGCUGCACCAUUUUAUCAGUUAUUUGAACUUUCUAUUUAUGAAUGAGUCAAAGAACUUUUUUUUCGACUGCAGAGGGCACCUAAUUUUUCAAGAUGAAAGUGAGAAGGAAGCAACGUCUAUUAUCAUUUGGUUGUCUAUCAAGUACAUAUCCAUUUUGUUUACCUCUAUCGUUGACUUUUCCUUCAAAUUUAAUAUUAACACUUCUGAGGGUGGCGACAACCGGGGCAGAAACGACCACUCCACGUUAGCAAAUUGCGACUCCAAAGGUGAAAGUGUGGGAGAUGCAAAUUGUGGCAGUGUAAAGAAAAACCUUUCUUUGUGCUUUUUUCACAGUACAGAAAUUCACCUUAUCAUUCAGAACCUUCUGUGUCUUCUGCUGCACUCCAAGCAUAUAGCAUGCCAGCAGUAUCUGUCUGAUUGCCUUUUGGAUGUGUGCAGAAUUAUAGUCAUGAGGAGUGGCGAAAGUAUGCAAACCAUUCCCUUGUUCUACGUGUAUAUCAUUUUGCUUAUUUUUAAAAACGAAAGCGGGGAAUCGAAAUGUACCGGGGAAGAUGGCAACCAAGUGGACAAAGCUUCUGAGAGGAGCAGCCAUAUUUCCUCCAAUGUACCCAUCAGAAACGAAAAUUCAGAGGACGCAGAACUCAACAUUGAGUUUCUAACGGGAAUUAUGAACCGAUUAAACAAAAUGCUCACGACAAAGGAGGAAAAUAAUGUAGACGUAAGUGAAAUUUUAUCUGCACAUUUUUUAAAGGGCAAUUUUACACCGCCCAAGUUGGACUCACAUGAUCAACCCGCAGUUCAGAACAUCACCCAAAGGAAAAACAAAGUAGGAAACGAUGAACCCAAAUGUGCGACAGCUCCCCAUGUGAGUAAUAAUUUCAAGCUAAAUGACAAGUUACACAUGCUCAUUUGGGAUGAACAGAGAAUAAACACAAAUUUUCUGAGAAAGUCAAGCAACAUGUGUCUAGCGCUGAGUUCUUUAGUCAAAUCGUAUAAAGCAAAAGAGCAGUACAUCAUAUACAAUUUUGUCAUAAAAAUUAUAAUCAAUUAUUUGCUUAACGGAAAUAAUAAGUAUAAAAAGGUCAUUUGCGUGAACAUUAUAAAACAUAUAUACACCAUUAUUGAUAAUAAAACGCUUUAUGAGUACAUGAACGAUAUUUACAAAAUAGCUUUAAUUUACUACAAGAGUAGAUUUUUUUGUUUGAAAAGUGCUAGCACAUCACUGUACAAUAUUUUAACCAAACGUCUAUUGGCCAAGCUGAAUUAUUCCUACCAUGUGUCUUCCAACAUGUAUUAUUUCUGUACGGGCAGCAAAAGAAGAAUAUUUAAAAACAUGAAUUUAACUUUUUUCGAUUUAUUAAAUUCGGUCAACUUAUUAAAGAUAUUUUUAAAUGUGUUUAUGAAAAAGGGAAAAUAUUUAAAUGGACAAAAUUGUAGCAAAAAUGAAUGUAAACCUUUUUUUGACUAUUCCAAUUUUUAUGCCCAAUUUAUCCCCAUUUUGAUAUUUCUGUCAAAUGUUAUCAUUUUUAACAAUGACGAUUAUUUCUUACUAAGAAAUGUGAAGGGUGAUUUGCGAGCUGCGCAUAGUGCGCACCAGUUUUCUCCACACAGUGCCUCUCCGACGGAUACAGGCGGGAAUUUUGUAGAAGAAUGUGACAGCCCCAGCGAUGUGCAAGAACACGGGGGAAACGUAGAAUGGACAGAGCCUCCUACGGGUAAUCACCCCUCGGAAGAUACAGGUGGGGAAAAUCAAACACAAAUAAGCAACAUGAACAUAUACUUCCUUUUUGUGAAACACCUGAAAAAGUUACUCACCUACGGAAACUACUUCGUCCAAGUGCUCAUUUGCAGAAUAAUCGUCAAUGUGUAUAUCCAUAUAUACCUAAAGCUGAAAAAACAAAAUCUGAUUUUUAACUUUUUAAACAAAAUUGUAAUAAACGCCAUGCAAGAAAGGGGUAGAACAAAUUGCUAUCUGCUUCUGUUCAUAGAAUUCGUGCGGAGGAAGGAGUCAAAAAUGUUAGUAGAGGAAAAUAAAAAAAAGUUCAGAAAAAUAUUCUUCCAAUUUUUAUUCCUAUUUGUGAAAAGCGAGAGGUAUGUAGACGUUUUGCUAAUUUUACAAAUAUUAAACAUUUUGUAUAGCAAGAUAUCCAUUUCGCUGGACCAAAAUGUUGUGGCUUUCUUGUUUAGACGAUUGACACUAUAUCAGGAUGAUAUGUUCAUAUCCGUUUUGGUGAAUGAACUGUUGAUGAAAAUAACUAAGCGGGUUGAAAAUUUUGUUGCCCUGCUGGACAUAUACGCAUCGAGUAAGAACGAGAGACACAUAGAGUCGUUCCUCUACAACUGGUUUCUUCACACAAAAAAAAGGCACAAGAAGGAGUUUCAAACAAAGGAGAAGAAGCUCAGUGAAAUGUCAAAUUAUAGUUCUUUUAAGUUUUUCUCUGAGUGUUAUAAAAAGGGGGUGAACAUUCCCGUGGGUGGUGUGGAAUGGUUAGAUGGGACUAAGGGAAGUGCCUCUGGCGAUAGUGAACGAGAGGUCCAUGGGUGGGACGGUAAAACGGACGAAUCAGUGGAUGAAAGGAUAUACAUCUAUUUGUACCUUUUACUUUUCCAAAUAAUUCACACGUAUAAGGACAACAUAAAAAUUAAAAAGUACUGCUUCAGUAUCCUGUUGACAAUUAUAACAUGUAUAUCCAUUGAGAAUUUGUUCCUGUUCGAGCGUGUGCAGCAAUAUUACAUAGAACACGUGAAGCAGAACUACCUGGACAAGUACAUCAUUUCAUAUAGCUACCUUAUAUGCGUAAAGUACUUUUCGAUGGAGCAAAAGGAAGAAGGUAGGAAGAGUCAGGAGGACCGCUGCGAACCUGGCAACAGAUUUAUCGAAGCUGUUUACAACUUUAUUGACAGAGAGAAGGAGAGCAUUGGUUCAUCUCUCAAUCGUAACUCGAAGGAAUCUCUUUUCAAGUAUGCAUACUUUUACUUGCUCCUUUUUCUAAAUUUGCUGUCCCGUCUGUGUAACAAAAAUUCGGUGACGUAUACGAAAUAUUUUGUGAAGGCCUUCAUGAACUACGGAAUUGUUGAAUAUUUCCACGAGCAUCUAGAGGAGGAGGAAGCAAAAAUGAAAAUUGUCAACGGAAUUGGAGGUGAUGAUGUCUGUAAUAAUGAUGUCACGGUACCCAAAGGAGACACCCAUUCUUCACUUGGAUACCCUACCGGACAUGAUUCCCCAAAUUGGAGCAACAUAAAUGGAGCGAGAGGAAAUAACAAAAAUGAAAUGUUCAAUGUGACACAAUUUUUGAAGAAUAAAUAUUCCCCUGAAGGUACCCCCCAAGUGAAUACUCCCAAUUAUGCGCUUCCCAAGGAAGUGAGUAAAGGCUGCGAUGGACGCAUAACCGCGUAUACAAAAUACAAAGAAUGGUACAGAACCGAUUUGAACCAGUGGAUAAUGGAAGUAGUGAAAAACAAAGUCAGGAACCAAAAUAUUGCAUUCGAUUUUGUGUAUGUCAAAAAUUCACUAAAGCAUCUCAGAGGACAUAACUUGUUUACCGCCUUCUUUGUGGCACUUUACUCUUGCCUGAUAUUUAUGUUAAAUGAUGAAAACGAACUCAUAAGAUACAAGACCAAAAUUGCAGUGUUGCACAUGAUGAGGAAGAAGAACACGUUACAUGUGUAUCGAACUAUGAAAGACAUAAUCUGUGUUGAGUUCUUUAUUUAUUACCUGUCCAAGUGGCACCAACAUUUAGCCCUACACAUAUUAACCUUUUGCAUAUGCCAAACGAAGAGCUGCAUUACGGAUAAAUUCUAUUACAACCCUAUUAAAUUAUUUGAUCAAGAAAAGUACAAUUUGUAUAUUAACAAUGUGUUACUCAACCAUUUGUUUGUAUUUUAUUACCUAUUUAAUAUCACUGCGCUUUACGCGGGAAGGAGUUCAACACGGGAGAUUACUGACUUUUACCAUUUCAUCGAUACGCUAGGUGGCCAAAAGAAGGAUGCCUUCGUGAAAAAUGUAAACAUUGAAAAUGCAGCUCCGGUUCUUUCGAAGGAUGAAAUCAGUUUGGCUAGCCACGAUUUAUAUGUGUUGAAAAAUGGUGCCGUAUGGGAGAAGGUAUUGGACAGAUUAGUCCGUAAGCGAACCUUUUAUACGGAGUGCCACACUUUGGGUGGCAAAGCGGAACGGCCCCUUAGAACCACUUCCCUGUUGUUAUGCAGGGAAACGCAGAUGCCAUCCUACAUGGGCACCUUUCUAAUAUUCCUACGAAUGGGCUAUAUCGCACAUAUUAAGAAGAGCCUAGACGAUUAUGCGCAUCUGCUACUGUUACACAAAAAUUUGGACCUUUUUGAUUCCAACUUUGUCAUUUGCUGGAGCAACCUAUUCAACAAAAUAAUUAUUCUUCUAAUCAACAUAUUCAUUUUUUUUCAAAAACGUAUAGCCCUAUAUUACAACAGUUAUUUUUACGAAGAAAUAAAUAUGAUUAAGUCGAAGUUUGCGCUAAUUUAUAGCACCUUCAAAUUGGUAAGACAUGAAAUGAAUCCGUUUUUGCUGAAAACUAUGGAGCUUCUGUUGUCCAUCAUGGACACUGUCUUUUUAAAAAACAGCAACUUCUUUUCAGAUAUAUACACCUUAUUAUACUCUUUGAAGAGUUCCGUUUAA